GAGCCGCGAGUCUUCUGGUAUCCUAGCAACGCGUUUGUUUCAAACUGGUCCCGUACCGGAAAUCUACAACUCGUAUCUUUCUGUGAAUCGAGGCUGAAGAUGCAGAAUAUCGAUCUGACCUCCGAGCGAGCGGCCAGACUCAUUCUGGAGAGGCGUCGCGACAGAGAAGCGGAGAGACGAGAACGAGUUUUUAACGACAAAGUCAGGACGGUGGGGGUGGACAGAGAAGCUCUGGAUGAGCAGGUGCAGGAAAGAAAGAGACAAGAAGAGAAAGUCAAACAGGAACAAGCAGCUUUUGAUGCUGAUGCGAUCCAUCAAAGCAGAGCCGCCGGCGUUCUCCAGAUCAGACGGAUGAAGCAGAAGCACGAGCUGGAAGAAGCUCUGCACGCCUUCAGGUCUCAGAACCAGCAGGCCUGGACCCGGACGGAGUUUGACCUGAACGACCCGGACAGGUGGAGGAAAAUGGACCCGAGUGACGCUCAGAUGAUCCUGCCGGGCCUGGUGGGGGAGGACCCGACCAAGAGCAGCAGACACCAGAGGCAGAAGGAGCAGCUCAGAGAGUGGCUCGUCCAGCAGCAGGCGGAGCAGGAGACCUCCAGGGGUCAGCGGGAGCUGGAGGACCAGAAAUACAACCAGAGCAGAGAGGAGAUCCUGAACACAGCAGGAGAACGUCUGCAUCUCCAGAAGGAACAAAGGAAGGAAGCUGCUAUCGCCACUAAAAACUACAACCUGGCCAUGAUUGAAGAGAAACAUCAACUAAAGGAGCAGAACGACCCUGAUUAUGUUCUGGAAUCGGCUGCAGUGCCGGGUUUCAGUCCGAGUGCUGAUGUGAGACCCCCCCCUGAGACCGUCCAACAAGUCAUUCGGUUCCAGAAAUACCAAAUUCAGGAAAAGAAGAGACUGGAGCUGGAGAGAAAACAGGAGGACGAGCGCUUCGAUCGCGUCCGCCUGGACUCGGCCCGCGCCGCUCUGCUGAUGGAGCGGCGGCAGGCCCGGAUCAGCAAGCAGCUGAGGCGACAGCUGGACAGCACCAACGUUCAUCUGGCCCAGACGCACAAGCAGCAGAAACCGGAUAUCGAGAGGGGCCAGAUCGACGAGAGCUUCUUCUCCAAAUUCAACACCUGCAGCAGAUGAUGAGCAAAACUCUUCCAGAAAAACUGAUGACCCUGAUUUAAAAAUAACACACAAGCUCAGGUUUUUUUAUUAAAUUACCACCUAAAGUUGUCUUUAUCACAGUCACAGUUGUUCAAACAGCCAGAAGUGUUCACAAAAUAAAGCUUUAGUGCAAACCUGUCGCAGGAAAACAGCAGAAAACUUCAAUAUAUUAUUUACCCCACAAAAAAAUAAAAAAAAUCAGCAAGCACAAAUGAAAAAUACACAAUUUAACACCACAAAGAAUUAAAAAAAAAA